CAGCAAAUUCAACCCGACAAAACUUCUCUUUGUAGUUGCAAGUCGUGUGUAAGGUCUGAGCAAGCACAUAAAUACGCCAUGGGAAGAGGCAUGUGCAGUGGCAGCCUUGUGGCUCUAGGUUUCGCGCUCCUUGUCUGUUCAGCGAUGGUGUCUGCUGAAACCUAUGUCGUUGGAGAUUCAAAGGGCUGGGGCUUGUCUGUGUCGUAUGACAGCUGGUCUAACGGAAAGCCCUUCGCUGCUGGUGACACGAUCGUUUUCAAUUUCCUGGCAGGCGUGCACAACGCGGUGGCCGUGGGCGCGUCGGAGUACCAGAGCUGCAAGGUGCGCAGUGCCGCAGACUCAGCCGCGAUGGCAUCUGGCACCGCCAAGUUUGAUCUCAAGAAGGGCGUGAACUACUUCAUCUGCGGCGUCCCCGGCCACUGCGCUGCCGGGAUGAAGCUCCGAGUUGUCGCCAACUGAUGGAGGAUCAGCUAAAAAAAACUGCUAUAUAUGUGUGUGCAUGCAUGUUGUGUGUCCCCUUAAAUAACCUGCACCCAUGCAUGGAUCGGACUUAUAUAUAUAUCCAGUUCAGGGGACGAAUUAGCUAGCUCUGUGUGCUACUACUAGUGCUUGAAUCUGGGACUUUUGCGUUUGCCAUGCUUGUACGCAAGUCCUAAAUAAUGGUACGCUGUGUGAUGGACUUUGUGAUAAUUUGCUACCGGUUGCUGUUA